GAAGUUGAGUUCUCAUAAAAGCAGAGGGCGAUGCUCGCACAGCAGUUAUUUUGUACGGAACAUAACUGAAGUUCGAGCGAAAUACGCACGAUACGACAGCGAUCCUGGCACAACAUUUACCUGCGAUUUUGCGACUAUUAAAGCACCUUACUAAUUUUUUUUCCACAAGAACCGUAAUAUACUAUAGAAGAAAUGGCACUAUUACCAUAUUUAUUUGGUGACCUACGUCCUCGUCGUCUCCCUGACCAGCUAUUCGGAUUGGACUUAUCUCCGUCAGAUUUGUUGAUGGAGGUUUUCGACCGGCCCUCGCUUCAGAUUAGAAAAUACAUGCGUCCGUGGAGGACUUUAGCCACUGUUGCGAAAGACAUUGGCUCCACCAUCAAAACUGACAAAGACAAGUUCCAAGUGAAUUUGGACGUUCAGCAUUUUGCCCCUGAAGAAAUAUCCGUGAAAACUGCUGAUGGGUACAUUAUUAUCGAAGGAAAACACGAAGAAAAGCAGGACGAGCAUGGAUAUGUCUCCAGACAGUUCAAACGACGCUACGCGUUGCCCGAUGGUUGCAAUCCAGAAACAGUUGAAUCUAAACUGUCGUCAGAUGGCGUGCUUUCUGUGACAGCUCCAAAAUCUGCUGGAUUGACAAAUGAAAGAGCGAUCCCUAUAACUCACACAGGACCUGUGAGAAGGAAAGCAGCUGAUGAAGAACCCAUUGAAAACGGUGAAGCUUCAGCUGAAGAAGAAGUUAAAUCUCCUCAGAAGAAAAGGAGACGUUGAUGAAUUUAGUCUUUGAUUAUGAUAAAUUAGAUUAUAAGUGUUCCUAAAAUUAAGACUGAUUUUUUAAAGUACAAUAAAUGCUUCUUUGAUAACA